AUGUCCAGUGAAAGUGAUUCUGGACGUCGACCUUCAGCAACGACUGUCAGUACAGUAGCUGUCCAAACAGGAGACUCAAGAAUUGUAGUAGCUAUACUAAAGUCUGGGAUGUGCGUGGAACUUCAGCUUGUUGAAUCAAAACCAAAUCUACUCGAGAUUGGCAGUAAUCUGGAUGAAACCAAGAAAUUACUGAAUGAACAUGAGAUCCUUCUAGUUAAACUGAAGGCACAUGAAGAAGGUGUUAGGGAUUUGCUGUGUGAAGCUGACGAAACAGCAGAGGCCCAUAAAGACCAGAGUCAAUUGUAUGAUGAGAUGGGAAAAACACUGGGAGAGAACUGGAAAGCACUCAACCAACUGCUUGAAAAUCGCAAGAAACUUUUGAAAAUGGCAUCUGAGUUCUUUGAUCAAGCUUUGGAGUUUGCUAUAAAAAUUGAUGAAGCUGAAGAUUUUCUGAACAGUGCUCAGAUACUUGAGGACCUGGAAUCUUUAAAGCAACUUCUUUAUCAUCAUCAACAGCUUAAGAAAGUUCUUUUAACAAACUCAAUGGUUCUUCUUAACAAAAGUCAAGAACUCAUCGCUGUUAUCAAAGAGUUUAAGGCACCUGGACCUAAAAUAAAUUCUGAAUUAAUUCAUGGGGCUCACAGUAGCUGCAUGAAAAUUGAGAGUCUAUUGGAAAUGCUACAAGACAGGAGGAGACAGCUGGAGGAACAAUCCCAUCACCAGCGGUGCAGUCUGGAACAGAUUCUGCAAGUCUAUAAGUGGGAGCAGCAGGUAGAUGAGGUGAUGCAGUGGUUUCAGCACCAUGGUGAGACAUAUUUACAGAAUGAACAACUGGGUUCAUCCCUGACUGAAAAUGAACAGCUGCAGCAAGAGCAACAAGAGCUUGAGUGUAAAGCCAAGGAAUUCACCUCAGUAGUUGAAAGAUUGAAAGGUGAGGCCGAUGAGAUGUUACUGAAUGCAGAGAUCACAGAUAAUGAACAGCUGGCAUUUCAAAAUCAGAAAAUGAAGCUGAUGUAUGAGGAGUUUUGGCUCCUCAUGAAGGAACGAGAAAUGUUGCUUCAAGAGGCCCAUGAUUUUUUUAGAAGUGCAAAUAAGGGAUUUGAUGUACUGGGAGGCAUAGAGAACCAAUUGAAGCAACUUAAUUGUAAGGCUCUUAGUUUGCCAGAACUCGCUAAAGAACAUAAGACUCUGUGCCAGGCAAUCGAGGAUGCAACUUCAGAUGCUGUACUGAAGGGACAAAUGCUCCUGAGUAAAGUUGACUCUCAGAGUUUCAGAGCUGUUGGAAUUCAGGAGAUGAUUGGCUACAUUCAACAGAGAGUAGAUCAGCUGACUGGACAAUGCUUUGCUGAUAAGGAAUUAGCUUCAAAGAAACAACAACUGACUGCUUCAUUUGAUGAUCAUUUUGAAAAGGUCUCAGGGUAUCUUCAGGCAUGCAGAUCUCAACUUUCCAGCAAGUUAGAGCCAGGUUCCUGUCUCUCUGAAUCUGAAGACAUUCUGAACAAAUAUCUGGUACUGUCUGAUCAAGCCAAGGUGAUAGCAAAUGAAUUAAAACAUCUUGAAGACAUCAUUAAACAGGCAGAAACAUUUGAAGUCCCAGAAGUAAUGUCUUUUUCUGAAAAGUUUAUUACUCUGAAUGCGGAAUGGAAAGGAUUGUGUUGGAAUUUGAAUGCACGAGUUGAGCACUUGCAGUAUUACAUGAACUUUCUUAAACAAGCUGAAGAGGUUGAAGCAUCUAUGAGAAGCUUUGAAGAUUGUUACCAAUCUCAGACUAUAGAAGACAGUGAAGAAACUGUUAGGUCAGUGUUGGAGCUUGCUGAUUCCAAAUGGCAAUUAGUCCUUAAGAACUUCCUUGAUCUCCAAGAUCUGGCAUUCAACUUUAAGACUGCAAUAAAUAUGGUAAAUGAAAGUUUGAAUUUAAACCUGAAAAAGUCAGUAACUGUACUUGAAAAUACCAUUGAUCUGUUAGAUAAAAGAAAAUUGAAUCUCACAGAACAGUGGACAAGUUGUCAACUUCACUUAAACCAAAUUAAGUCAGUCAAAAAACAGUGGAAGAAAUUCAAAGAAGAGCUUAAAAAGACAAUUCAUGGUUUGAAGAUGCUGGAAGAUGAUCUGGUUCCAAAGUCUAAUUUUGACCUUGGUUGCAAUCUUGAAGCUAUUGUGAAAUUGCAAGAUAAAUUGAAUAAAGCUAAACCGCAGUUACAACAGUUGAAUGCUGAGGUGGAAUACAGAAUAAAAACAGCAGAGCUUUGGACACUGAAAGGUGUUUCUACAAAGGAAAGAAAUGAAAAGAUGAUGGAGUUCAUUAAACUUCAUCAGCAAAUAAAGAAUAAAAUAAAAGAUUAUGAAAUAGUCCUCCUUAAGGCAAUUAAAUUUCAUCAGACAACUCAAGAGUCAGGAGAGCUAGAAUAUCCUGAAACAUUGACAAUCCCGGACAACAGCAGUCAAGCAAAGAUCCGACUCAGGCAACAUCAAGAAAAACAAGCACAUGUGUCCCAUUUGUAUAAAUUGUCCCUCACAUUAGCAAUGGACAUCAUCUCCACCACACAGCAUUCAAAAUUCAUUCAGGCUUCAGUGGACUCUCUUCAGCAAAAACUUGAGGUUUUAGAGAGUGGCAGUAUCCAGUGGAGUGCAAAGGCAUAUCAACAUGGAGAAGAACUGGAAACAAAUUUGCAUUACUGUACCACAAAAGAAGAAAUAAGUGAGUUAAAGGAAUCCUAUAAAGACCUCAAGAGGAAGUUUAACAACCUGAAAUUUAAUCAUCUGAAAAAAAAUGAAAAAUUACGGAAUCUGAAAGUCAUCAGGAUUCAAAUCCAGCAAGUUGAAAUGUACAUUGAAAAAACUGAGAUUUUCAAGAAGAAAAUGCUUCAGUAUGUGACAAAAGUCAGGAAAGUUCUUGAAAAGCACACCCCCAAAUCAGAAGUAAAUCGACUUGAAGAAUCUCUGAAUGAAUUACAGAAAGACGUCAAUGAACUUGACAAGACAAUGGAGGAAUACAAACAAAACUUGGACAUGACUAUGCAUUUGCAACAGGCAAUGGAAGAGAGUCAGUUCUGGUGUGAAGACACAAGUGGUACAGUAGUUAGAGUUGGAAAGUAUUCUUCUGAGUGCAAGACAAAGGAAGCAGUGGGAAUUCUCUACAAACAGUUUGAAAAGUUUGUAUGGCCUACUGUACCACAACAGGAGGAGAGGAUCCAGCAAAUAACCGAACUGGCAAAACAGCUAUAUGGUCCAGAAGAAGCAAAGAAAAUUGUGAAGCAAAUGGCAACAAAACAUAAUGAAAUCCUUGAAUCAAUGAAGGAACUAUGCAAUGGGUUAAGAGAUCUUGAAUCAAAACUUCACAAUGUGAUGGAUUCCAAUGGUUUCACCCAAUCGUCACCUGUGGAUCCAGACUUGCAAAUAACAAAUCAAACAAUGGAGUACCAUGAGCAAGAAAAGAUGAUCAACACUUCACCAAAAUCUAGUGUGGAUUCAUCUCAAGUGGUAAAAGACAACCAGGCACUAAAUUUAGCUUCUGUACUUGUCUCAGAUCACAGUCAUGUUCUUGGAUUACCCACAGAAGAUGUCCAGAGUGUAACAGAUAAAAUGAAGACCUCUGGACCAGAGGACAUAAAUGCUCAGUAUUAUACUACCAUUUUGACCCAGCCAUUUAGAAUGAAAAUGUCCCAGACAAAAUCAGGUUCCCCAACAAAAUAUUUCACAGACACAGAAAGAAGAAUUUUCGCUCUUCAACUUGCGGAAAAUACACAAGAACACACAGAACUUUCCAUGGGAGAUUUUGGAAACCACUCAGAAGUUUCAGAGUCUAAUUCUCCCAUAGAGUGUCAAGUAGACAAAACUGAAAACAGGGGAAAAUUGGAUAGUCAAACCAGUCAAGAACACCAGUUUUCAUACAGUCACGAAAUUUUAAAAGUUAACUCAGAUGGAUUCGUGAGCAAUGAAAUCACAGAUUCAGUUACAGAAGAUCCAAAUCCACAGGAAGCUAUUGAGUUACUUCAUCUUUCCACUGAAGGCAGCACAGUGACUGAGGGAGAUCUACAAAAUGAACUUGUUGCAGAUGAAAACCUAUCUAUAGAAGAAUAUGAAUGUAUGUCACCUGAUGACAUCUCCUUGCCUCCGCUUCCUGAUACUCCUGAAUCAAUUCUCCUCCAUUCUGAAACAGAAGUGGACAAAAUUUCCAGACUAAGUUUCCACAGUCCGCACGCUGGGUCAUACAGUAGCCAGCCACAGGAGCAAAUAAGCUGCAGCAGAAUGACUGACACGUCUGAAUCCCUAGCACCUGUUACCCCUGCUGAUAAAAUGAAUCACCCAAGACUAUAUAGUGAAUCAGGAUAUCAUCAUGCGUCUGAUCCAAAUCCCAGUGUUAAACCCUGCACUAAAUACAGAUCUGAGUCUUCCUCCUUUAUUCACAGCCCACUGACAAUUCCUGCCCCCAGUAUUGUUUCAAACACGCUUUCACAUGUCUUAAAAUCCCAAAUGGUAACUAAUUCAUCAGUCUGUGAUUCUACCUGUGAAGUGAAUGAGAGACAACUGCAGACGUAUGACAUGCAUGAGAGUAUAACAACCCAGGAGUCACUGCAUGAUUCUAACAGUGAUUGUUUUAGAAAAGAAAUGAGCUCUAACGAAAAUAAUUUGUUUACCUCGUCUGAAUCACUAACAGUACCCCACAAUGUACAAAAUUCAGUGCAUGAUACAGGUCAUCACAUGGAUAUUAUCAUCCACAAGGAAAUCAGACGUACAUCAAGAAAUACAGCCACAUGCAACUUGGCUUGCACCACUCCCAACUUCUGCAAGCUGAUGUCUAAUGUCAGUGUGGUAGAAGGUUCUCCUGUGACCUUGGAAAUCGAAGUAACAGGACUCCCAGAACCAACAUUGACAUGGUACAAGAAUGGACAGAAGCUGACAACAGAUCAACAUCUGAAAAUUUCACGAAAGGAAGGCAAACACAUUCUUUACAUUGAGAAGGUGUCAGAUAAAGAUGCUGGUAUUUAUGCUGUGCAAGCUAAAAAUUCUAAUGGUGCUAUCAAUUCCAGUGCUAUCCUUCAAGUACAAGGUAACUGUCAUCUGAGAUGUUUCCACGUUGACUUCAUAGAUUGGUUCACCUGCCUUGGAGUGUUGUGUUUAAUAUACAUUAGUUUAAUUCUUAUGUAUAUUCUGUUAACCUAA